UGUGCGUGAGACUGUGCUGUCGACAAAAACCAAAACUACCUUAUUAUCAUCUUAUCUGCACCACUGGGUACGUUUUCUUCUCCUUCUUCCUCAAAUCACAAAAUGCUCUCUAUUUCUUCCUUCUGUUGCCGCAACCCCAGUAGUAUUUGCUCCAUUCAUCGUUGAAAUUGCUGGUGUUUGCUGGCUGAUUUUUUAAACGUGUUUCCCUUAUUUGAUGCACUGAGAGGAAGAUGCACGAAUUCUCUACCGUCGAUGGUUUUAUGGAGAUAAGUGAAUGCAUGGCGGAUAUGAUCAAGCAUGUCGCUAAUGAACCAUCCAUGGGGCUUUACUUUAUCCAACAACAUGCUCAAAAUGCAGUGCCGAAUGUUGUCAAAGCUGACAAAAACGUUGUUGAAAAGGUUCACGAAACCGCUUUGCACACUGAAGACUUGGAGGACUCUAUUACGGCGGUUCGAUCAAUGAAAGAGUGUGGAUUUUCCAUAGUUGAUGAAAUGAUAGGAGACAUAAACAAAUCUCUUGAAAUCAUGAAAACCAAAAAACCAAAAAAAGGGUUAAUCCAUUCAUCCACCUCAACCCCAAGGUCUCAGACAGAAAGAACUAAAUUUUGGGGUAAUAGUUCAUUUUCCGCUCGGGAAGGUGAUGAUAAAAAGAGUAACUAUUUUUCGAAUGCUUUAAAGACGGCGAAAGAGAAGGUUAGCAAUCUCAAGUGGCAACAGACUGACGAUAAAGGACCAAUAUAUUCCAAGGAAGAGAAGUCGCAAGAUCCUGAUUUGCCGUUAUCGAUCACAUCAGACGGUAUAACUUCAUCUUUACAGGCUGCUGAACCUGAUGAAUUGCCUGUAUCGAGCCAGGUUGAAGAUGAGUCUCAACACUUGCAUUCGGAUGACAGCGAGAUUAGCAUUAAGUUGCUGUCAUUAUCAGAAAGGUUUGACGACUUUAAAGCUAAUAAAGAAGCGAAACUAGAAGAGUGGCUUGAAGGAACCAGCAACUAUGAUGAUUAUUGCGAUACCGAUGACGAAAAAAGAGUUAAGAAGCUUGUUGAGAAUGGCGAGAAGAUAAAAGAUGGAGACAGUGGCUUCUAAAGUGAAGUACUAUAAUGAAUGCAUGCAGUUCAGUCGGGGAACUUCGAGAAAGCCCGGUAGUAGAAUAGCAUGUUACUAUAUUUCAAGUGAUUGGAUUUUAUUUUAGUACUUAGAACUUUGAGAAGAUUAAAGUCUUGUAAAUGCGAAAUUGACCAGGUUGUAUAAUAUUGUAGUUGAAAUGUUCAGGGGUUAUUGUUUGUGACUGAUAGACCAUAGCUGUGAUAAAAUUGAUCUGGUAAUAAAGGGGUGUACUAAGAGUUCCAGACUACAAA